UCUGAUAAUUCCCUAGCCGUCCGAUUCAGAUAAUCGCGUGAAACUCAAGACCGGUAUUAGCCUAAACCGGAGCGUACCAGAUUCCUCUCCUUCUUCCUUCUCCUCUCUCUGCUUUAGCCUAAUUAGACAAGAUUUGGACGUUUCGUAAUCUAAAGGUGCGAAUUUUCCAUGGCGUUGCCAGCAAAAGCUUCAAGCUUGGUGUUCUAGGCUGAUUGAUCAACCAUGUUCUUAUGAUCUUACCUUCCUAAUCCCAGCUCCAGGUCGUUGAUUCAUCUCUUUCCAGCUCUUCUGGAAGGUUGCGGAUUUCUCAGGCGGGAGAUUUGAGAAUUAGGGUUUCAUGAUUCAUGAUAUCCCCAAAUUGAUUGAUUUAGGGCUGGCUCAGUAAUGGACUAAUGGCUAUCUCUAUCUGUAAUUAGCUUCUUGUUCACCUUCUCAUCGUUUAUCGUUUCGAAUCUGGAGCGAAUCUGAGUAUAUACCCAAUUCACACGCCUGUAGAUUGCUUCCACGGUGCACCGUCUGGUCUUUGGCUUCUUGUUCAUAAACGUUGUGUUUGCUUUUACUUAUAUUUGGUGGUGAUUCUUGUUCGUCUUAGUUUAGCUAUGUGCCUGAAAAGAAAGCUAGAUUGAUUGUUUUCUGAGAGAUAUUACUUUCUUUGUUUCAUCAUACAGCUUGUGAACCGGAUAACCUUAUAUUGGCUCAUUUUGCUUCUCUUCCAUGCAGGAUACCGCAAGUGAAAAGCAAGAGCCUUUUAUUGAUGGGUGAGGAGCUAGCUGACACAAUGAACCUGGAUCUGAAUCUAGGCCCUGGUCCCGAGUCAGAUCUCCAGCUGGUGUCAAACGAAACUGUUAAUUUAGCUGAUUGGACUAAUAAUAACCCAUCUGAGAGAUCCUCUGAAGCUGUUGCGAGGAUCAGAACCCGCCGGCAUAGGACGCGGUUCAGACAGCUUAACCUCCCCAUCCCUGUUCUCUCCGAAACCCAUGCCAUGGAUAUAGAGCUGAACCAGCUGAUGGGAAGUGGAGCUGCUUUGCAGACUGGUGAGGGUAGUGAAAGAGGCAAUGAGGAUCUGAAAAUGUGUGAGAACGGGGGAGAAGCUGUUGGGGACGGUGUAUCAGAGAAGAAAGGGGAUGUUGACAAAACUAGUGGCGGCGGUGAUGGUAACUUCUUCGAUUGUAAUAUAUGUUUGGAUUUGUCAAAGGAGCCGGUUCUCACCUGUUGUGGCCAUCUUUACUGUUGGCCUUGUCUCUUCCAAUGGCUAAACAUCUCUGACGCAAAGGAAUGUCCGGUUUGCAAAGGAGAGGUGACGGUUAAAACCGUGACACCUAUAUACGGGCGUGGGAACCAUAAACGAGAAGUUGAAGAGAGUUUAGAUACCAAGAUCCCUAUGAGACCACAUGCUAAACGCAUCGAGAGCUUGAGGAAUACGAUUCAAAGGUCUCCUUUUACUAUACCGAUGGAAGAAAUGAUUAGACGUAUACAGAGUAGGUUUGAGAGGGACUCAGCCCCUGUCCCUGAUUUUAGCAACCGGGAGGCUUCAGAAAGAGUGAACGAUCGAGCCAACUCGAUUCUUAACCGGUUGAUGACUUCUAGAGGAGUUAGAUCAGAGCAGAACCAGGCUAGUGCUGCUGCAGCAACAGCAUCAGAGGAUAUCAAUCUGAACCCGGACAUUGCUGCUCCUGAUCUUGAAGGAGAGACCACCACGAGAUUCCAUCCUCUGUUGAUCAGGAGACAGCUACAGUCACAUAGAGUCGCAAGGAUCUCGAACUUCACUUCUGCGUUGAGUUCUGCUGAGCGGCUUGUAGACGCGUAUUUUAGAACGCAUCCACUGGGGAGGAACCACAACCACCAAGAGCUGAACCAUCAUUCUCCUGUUGUGGUUGAUGAUAGAGACUCUUUCUCAAGCAUUGCAGCUGUUAUAAACUCUGAGAGUCAAGUGGAUACUGCGGUUGAGAUUGAUUCCAUGGUCACUCUUUCGACGUCUUCUUCGAGGAGAAGGAAUGAGAAUGGGUCGAGAGUUUCUGAUGUUGACAGUGCUGAUUCUCGCCCGCCUAGGAGAAGGAGAUUUACUUGAAAAACUAAAGCUUUCAGUCUGUGGAAGAUGAUGAUGAUGAAGAGGAAGAUUGUAACUGUAUUUUUCUUUUUCUUGUGUCGCUUGUUGGUUUGUUGUAUUUUGAUUUGUAAUUUUCGCAAUAGGGAUGGUAUUUUACUAUUUUUAAUCAAAGUUUUAUUAUCUUUUUUUCAGAAA